GGAGUUGUACAUUGUUCAGUCCUUUUUACUUGCAUGGUUUUUAAAGAGCAUCUGGAGAGCUGGUGUUGUAUUUUAUAGUGAAAGUAUAAGCACGAAGCACACGUAGUGUUGAACUGUUCUUUACUUAGCUUCUUCUUUUCUCAUUCCGCUCUUACAGUAGUAUUACCCAGCUCAUUAACAUAACAUAGCGACCUCUAUAGGAUUGUAAGAUAUACCACAUAUUCCUCUUUGUAAAGAACAUUACGUCAAUACAGUCCAUUGAAAACUGAAGGACUUCACGAAGGCAGAACAAUCACAACCUGUUCAAUAAACUGCAUGUCCUUUUUUUUUAACAUAAACAUACUGCCAAUCUCUUCUUCAAUAGCAGUGCAAAAUAUCUGCUCUAUAUCACAUUAACACAGAAGAGUAUAAUGUGCUGCGUCUCCAUUUCUAACACCAUGAAACAGUUCUGCAGCAUAUCAAUCCUUCUCAACAGAACAGUAUCAAGACAAUGCGCUGUAUCAAAACAGUGUACAGUAUCACAGCACAGUAACAGUGUACAGUAUCACAGCACAGUAACAGUGUGUAAGAGUGUAAACCCCUUCCUUUCUUUUUAUUUAGUUGUACACAUCUCUCCUUAUUGGAAGCAUGUCUAUGUUACAUAGUCCUUGUGCCAAUCUGGGGCACGAACAUUCCUGCGUGGUGGCAAAGCAGCACCAGGUAAUGCAGCCUGCGACAGCUCAUGUGUCUCCUGAAUGAUGUGGAGUGGAAGACACAGCUGGGGUGCCUGGAUUGGCAGGGGCAAGAUGACUGGCAUUCCAGACUUUGCCAUCAGAGAGGAGAAAGGUUGCAGGACCCCGCUGUCCAAUGAUCUGGAGUGGUUUUGUAAACUUGUGCGCACCUUUCCUGACCAUGACUGGUUUUUUAAUGCGCACAAAGCCACCAACCUGUAAUGUUGGAAUCUAUGCACUGCAACUUUCGUCGGUGUAGGUUUGUGAUUUGAUUUGAUUUCUUGCGAACAGUGUCUCUCAGUGCUGCAUGGUCUCGCUGUGUAGGACGUGUAGGUAGGCCCCUGAUGUUCAGUUUGGUGUUCAGAGAAUGACCAUGCAGCAGUUCAGCAGGUGAAACUUCUGUGAUUACAUGAUGAGUAGCACGAUAGGAAAACAACAGUGGCAAACUGCUUCCACGGUCUGCCCUCAAUGUCUGCUGUCUGAAGGCAGUCUUUGAGCACUCUGUUCCACCUUUCUACUUCCCCAUUGCAUUGUGGGUAGUAGACUGAACUGCGACAGUGUUUAAUGUCUCGACUGGCAAGGAAUGCUUCGAAUUCAGCCGAAACGAAAGCUGAGCCAUUGUCCGUCACCAGCUCCAGCUGGUUCCCGUCACGGCUGAAGACGGUAGACAGAAACUGAAUGACUGUAGCAGAGGUCACCUCAGAGGUGAACGCCACCUCUGGCCACUUGCUGUAAUAGUCCACAAGGGUAAUGGCAUAGCGGCAGUCAAGAGGAGCACGGAGGUAAGGACCUACAAUGUCAAUUGCAAGCUUUUCCCGCUGCGCUGGGAAGAUUGACAGGAGUCAGAGGAGCAGCUUUGAUGACGGCAGUCUUGUCGUGUUGAGCGCAUGUGGCACAGGACUUGAUGGCAAGCUGUACAGCUGUGUCCAUACCUGGCCACCAGUAGAGCUCCCUAAGCCUCUGUUUUGUACAUACAAUUCCCUGAUGUGUAUCAUGGGCAAUUUGAAUCAGCUUGGAUUGAACAUCCCUUGGAACCACAACACGAUGUGUGCCGCGGAUGAUGAAUUCCUCAUGUUCAGAAAGUUCAGUCUGAACUCUGAAGUAUGGUAUGAGAGCUGGAUCACUGCCUUUCACUGUACGUGGCCAACCUGUCCUGAUGUACGUUCUCACUUGUUGUAGGAGAGGAGUCAGCAGUCAGCUCUUCAAUUGUAACAGCAACAAAAUCAUCCGACACUAAUGCCACAAUCUUCAUGUCAGGUUCAACCUGAGGUUCAGUGUGUGGCAGUGGCAGACGUGAGAGACAGUCAGCUAUCACAUUGUCACAGCCUCGUUUGUACUCAAUGGUGUAAUUGAAUGUUAAGAGUCUUGCAGACCACCGAGCAAUUCUCAUACCUGCUCUGCCAAGGCCUUUAGUGGUGAGCAGCGUUGCCAGAGGGCUGUGGUCUGUACGAAGCGUGAAAUGGUUACCCCACAGGUAGGUACGCCAGCGUUCAGUUGCCCAAAUGCAGGCAAGGGCUUCCUUUUCAACAGUGGAGUAUUUUCUCUCACUGUCUGUAAGUGGGCGGCACGGAUGGUGCAGUGGGUAGCACUGCAGCCUCACAGCAAGGAGGUCCUGGGUUCGAAUCCCCGUCGGCCGGGGCCUCUCUGUGCGGAGUUUGCAUGUUCUCUUGCAUGUGUCUGCGUGGGUUUCCACCGGGUACUCCGGUUUCCUCCCACAGUCCAAAGACAUGCAGGUUAGGCUGAUUGGAGAGUCUAAAUUGCCCGUAGGUAUGAGUGUAUGAGUGUGUGAGUGAAUGGUGUGUGUGCCCUGCGAUGGACUGGCGACCUGUCCAGGGUGUAUUCCUGCCUUUCGCCCAAUGUAUGCUGGGAUAGGCUCCAGCCCCCCUGCGACCCUGAUCAGGAUAAGCGGGUUCAGAUAAGUGUCUGUAAGUGUGCGCGAUGCAAAAGCAAUUGUUCUUUCACUGUCGUUGUGUAAGUACUGCACCAAUGCCAUAGUCACAGGCAUCAGUUGUGACAACAGUGGGCAGUGUUGGGUUGAACAACGCAAGGGCUGGGCUAUUAGUGUUUUGAGCUUACAGAAAGCCUUUUGAGUUUCCUCAGUCCAUGUGAAUUUGUUGUCUUUUCUCAGCAGAGCCCUUAGCGGUUCCACAACCACAGCAUACUGUGGAACGAACUUGGAGUAGAAGGAGGUAAGUCCCAGGAAAGAGCGGAGCACUGGAGCAUCAUGCAGAGGAGGAGCGUCUGCCUUGACAUGGUCUUGGUCAGGCAGGAGGCCAGAAGCAGAAAUCAUAUGGCCUAGAAAGGGAAGUUCAGUCUUCCUGAACUGACACUUGGACAUGUUGAGCCUGAGACCAUUGUCAUUAAGGCGCAGGAGCACUGCUUUGAGGUGUUGCUCAUGUAACUCUGGGGUCUCUCCAUGUAUAAUUAUAUCGUCCAGGUAGCAUUGGACGCCUUUCAAUACAGCCAGUAUUUGAGACAUCAUUCUCUGGAAUGAACUUGGAGUGGAUGCCAAUCCGUAGGGUACUUUAGUGAAGCGGAAUAGCCCGUCAUGUGUGAGGUCCCUACUCUCAACAUGCAACGGCAUUUGAUGGUAUGCAUUCUGUAAGUCUAUGGUAGAGAACAUCUGUGCACCCCUCAGUUCAUGGAACACUUCCUCAAUGUGAGGCAAGGGGUGGCUAUCAAUGACAACCGCUUUAUUUGGCUCUCUCAGAUAGACACAUAGCCUCAGCUGUCCACUUUUUUUCCUGAUAGCUAGUAUCGGUGAUACCCAGGUUGAUGCAUCAGUUUUCUCGAUAAUGCCUUCCUUUUCCAAAUGCAGCAGCUCUGCAGAGACGUCAUCACGGACGGAAAAUGGCAACCGGCGUAGCUUUUGCUGGACGGGAGUGAUCUCAGGAUGAAUCUUGACUCUGUGUACAAAGUUCUUGACCUCUCCAGGUUCAGGAACAGCAGCCGUAUGUUGCACAGGUAUCAACGGUGGAGUGGAACUGCAAAUGCAGUCAUUUGUAAUGUUGAUGUGCAAGGCAGUAACAAGGUCCAUGCCUAAAAUUGAUGUUCCCGCUGGCACGACGUAUAAGGUAGCAUAGGCAGAUUUAGAAUUGCAAGUCACAUUAAGACAGCCCAGUACAGGUAUCUGUGUUUUUGUGUAUGUCAUAAGGCGCACAGUAGGGUUUGUUAACGUAAUGUCUUUGAAAUUUUUCUCGAAGAAGCACUGAGGUAUAAUUGAAACAGCAGAUCCUGUAUCGAUAAGUAAUUUUGCCUUUAGAGUAGGGCCGGCUGCAGCUUGAAGUGACACACUGCACCACAGUUUAUUUGUCUGCAUAUCUGUUCCAUCGGCAAUGCUUAAAACUGUCACAUCAGAAACUUGCUUCACCAUGGAAGCAGGCAUGCUUCUGCAAACUUUGAAAAAAUGUCCAUUUUUGUUGCAUUUGUUGCAUGUAACAGACUUUGCAGGGCAUGUAGGGCUGUUUGCAAGAUGACUGGAUGAACCACAGCGGUAGCACUUCUUACCCGCGGAGGGAUUUGAAGACUCGGUCGGCUUGGGCGUUGAACGUGACUCUUUGCACUGAAAGUGCAAGGGCUUGCGUCUUCCUCCGCCACGAAAAGUAGUGCCCUGCACGGCCCCAACCACUGCAUCACCUGUCUUUGCCAUCGCUUGCGCAUCAGCCAGCACAGUCUCAAUGUGGCUCGCCAGCAUUAUAGCUUUUUGUAAUGUUCGUUCACUUUCUAAAAGCAAGCGUUCGCGUAUCCUAGAACUGUUUGUCUUCUCAACUAACUGGUCUCGUAUCAUGUCAUCUGCAACAGUUCCAAACUCACAUGUCGACGCAAGCUCACGUAGGGCAGCAACGUAAUGCAAAAUGGACUCACCAACGUUUUGGCUACGUAGACGAAACUUGUUCCUUUCGGACACAACGUUUACUUUAGGGACGAAAAACGACUUCAAUGCUUUGCAUGCCUUGUCGUAUGUGGUCCCUGUUGCAAGAGGAAAGAAAAUUAUUUGUGCUUCCACACCAAUGCAAUGGACGAGUAGGGCGCUUUUUCUUUUGUCCACCAACUCUUUGUCAGACAGCGCCGUCAAAUACGUAUUAAAACUUCUCACCCAGGCGUCAAAAGUAAUCGUAGGUUCACCAGGAGUUUGUAGGAAUGGUGGAGGAGGAGUAAGGCUGAGUAAAGCCAUCCUCGUCGCGAAUAUGUUGUAUUUUAGAGUGAAAGUAUAAGCACGAAGCACACGUAGUGUUGAACUGUUCUUUACGUAGCUUCUUCUUUUCUCAUUCCGCUCUUACAGUAGUAUUACCCAGCUCAUUAACAUAACGUAGCGACAUCUAUAGGAUUGUAAGAUAUACCACAGCUGGGUACAGGUUUUUUUGUUGAAAAGAAUCUUCUCAAAUCUCCAGAAACUAUGGCAGUUCUAGAGAGACAAUUUUGUGUGAAUACACACACACACACACACACACUUUGGUUGUUCGAAUUCUUGUGAGGAAAUGGUGUGACAUUUAGCACAAAUACAUUACAACAUAUCCUGUUUAACCAAUACUAUGAUGGCAACACUGAGACUGUUCUCCAAACAUCCAAGGCUUGCAAUAAUCACCUCCUGUGUAAGUGUUAUUGUUUUAUUGAAUUUGGUCACGGUUAUGAUGUUAAGAUUGAGUGUUAAUUGAAUCUAUUUGAUCUAUUUACCACUAAAUUCAUGGAUUAAGAAUCUAUCUGUAGAGGGAGUAAUAUUGUUUCAACAGAAAGUGACCUGCUAUCUUCAAACUCUAAAAUUGAUGGUACAUCAUUUUUUUGUAAGAAACUCAAAUGUAAAAUAAAGUGGUACAAAAGAACCCUUGAAGAUUUUAAAAUAUGCUCAUUAUGCUGCAAAAGGUGCUGAAUAGAUCAUUGUGUUUGAAACAUUCUGCAUAUAUAGAGUGAGGUGCAUCUGUCUUGGGACAAAUAUUAUAUAUUUUCUUGAUUUGGCUCUGUACUCCACAAUUUUAUAUUUGUGAUCAAACAAUUAACUUGCGGUUAAAGUGCAUAAUUUCAGAUUUAAUUCUAGAAUGUAAACAUGUUGGUUUCACCAUGUAGAAAACACUUUUUACACACUGCCCCGCCCUGUAUUUCAGGGAACCAUAAUGACUUCACAUGAGCUUUUAAUGAGUCAUUUGUGUUGAAUUGCUUUCUUAUUGCAGGUAUAAGAGAGCUUUGGCAUCUAGACUAAAUUCCAGGAUUUUGAUUGUCCUUGGAGUCAGUUAUUGGCAUUUGUCAGCACAGGACCAGAGUUGUGCUCAUAAAAGUCAUUGUGCUAAAAAAUAAGGAAGUCAUUUUGAGGGUGGGAAAUAAAAAAAAACACUGAGAGACAGAGGCCAAACCUUAGGCUUACCAAAAUCAACAGUUUGGAACAUCAGUAAAAGGAUUACAUCUACAGUUGAUGACUGGAGAAUUCUUAUCAUCAUGAAUGAAAACCCCAAAAUACCUGUCCAACAGAUCAUAAACACUCUUUUUGAGGCAGGUGUGGACAUGUCAGUGAGUCUUGUCUGCAGAAGGCUUCAUGAACAGAACUGCAGAAGCUACACUGCAAGAUGCAAACCUGUAGUUUGCAGGAUGGCAGGACAGAACAGGAUGUGUAGGUAAAAAAGCCUGCAGAGUUCUGGAAAAUGUCUUGUGGACCAAUGAGAGCAAGAUUCACUUGUAUCAGAGUGAUGCCAAGAGCAUUGUGUGGAAGCUAAAAUGAACUUCCCAAGAUCCAAAGCACCCCCCCUCCUGCCCCAUCUGUGUAACAUGGUGGCCGAGGUCUUAUGGGUUGCACACGUAUGCCGGCCACAGAAACUGGCACACUUUGUUUCAUUGCUGAUGGAACAGCUGAGAGCAGAAUCCAAAUUAUUAAGUUCAACCAAACGCCUCCAAACUCAUUGGUCGGCACUUCAUCCUACAGCAAGACAAAGAACCCACACAUACACCAGUUCUCUUUGUAAUGCUGUUCCUAACAUUCUGAUAACAGAUGAAUUUGACCCCAAACCCAAGCUCUUCCAAUGGCUUCAGCAUGGGGGGAGUUGGCAACAUGUGCAACAUCGACUUCAGCCAGGAUGUUAUAUUCAUCCCAGUGCUGUACGGCAUCUUCUUCACUCUCGGAGUACCCCUGAACCUGCUGGCUCUGUUUGGUCUUCACCGCCUGAUUAAGUCCAACAAUGUCCUCCCGGUGUAUUUGAUCAACCUGCUUAUCUCCGACCUCCUCCAGCUGCUGAUGCUUCCUCUGUGGAUAGAUUACUACAGGAGGGGGCACAGCUGGCUCUACGGUCCCACAGCCUGCCGGGGGAUGGAUUUUAUCUUCUACGUCACCAUCUAUGCCAGCAUAAUGUUCAUGUGCGCCAUUGCAGUGGAGCGGCACUUUGCCAUCGCGCGGCCGAUGAAGUUCCAGGCCAUGCGUAGCCUUAAGUACACCCGCUGGGUGGCACUGGGCAUUUGGAUGGUGGUGGCCUUGCCCCCUUCCAUUGCCCUGAAAUCCUUGUUCACUACCUCUCAGAACUCCACCCUCUGCAUUGAGAAGUACCCAUCUGAGGAGGGGUACAUAACGUACCGUCUGGUCACCCUGGUCCUCCCCUUCUUCCUCCCCCUUAGUUUCAUCGUCAUCCUCCACAGGAAGACCCUGCAGGCUCUGAAAGGGGUGGUCUCUCUAGCCCAACGGGAAAAGAGGCAAAUCCGUGGCCUGCUGGCCCUGCUGGUCGUGGUAUUUGUGGUGGUGCUGGGGCCCUACCACCUUGUUGGUUGUGUGAAGUAUGUGGGACUACUGUUCCACUCCACGCCAUGCCAAUGGGAAAAGGCUGUGUUCCUGCCUUACCAGGUUGGUAGAGUGCUGCUUAGCAUCAACAGCGUCCUGGAUCCCGUAUUUUACAUUUUCCUCCGUGGCGACUUCAGAGAGGCUGUCUGCAGGUAUUUGCCCUGUCUGAGGAGAGUUCGGUGGUUCACAAGCCAGGAAAGGUCCUCAGAACAGAGGGAGCGACCCACCAACUCCACGCAAGACUCUGAACUGUGAAAAACAAGUGUUCACGGAGUUGUACAUAGUUCAGUCCUUUUUACUUGCAUGGUUUUUAAAGAGCAUCUGGAGAGCUGGUGUUGUAUUUUAUAGUGAAAGUAUAAGCACGAAGCACACGUAGUGUUGAACUGUUCUUUACGUAGCUUCUUCUUUUCUCAUUCCGCUCUUACAGUAGUAUUACCCAGCUCAUUAACAUAACGUAGCGACAUCUAUAGGAUUGUAAGAUAUACCACAGCUGGGUACAGGUUUUUUUGUUGAAAAGAAUCUUCUCAAAUCUCCAGAAACUAUGGCAGGUCUAGAGUGACAAUUUUGUGUAAAUACACACACACACACACACACACACUUUGGUUGUUCGAAUUCUUGUGAGGAAAUGGUGUGACAUUUAGCACAAAUACAUUACAACAUAUCCUGUUUAACCAAUACUAUGAUGGCAACACUGAGACUGUUCUCCAAACAUCCAAGGCUUGCGAUAAUCACCUCCUGUGUAAGUGUUAUUGUUUUAUUGAAUUUGGUCACGGUUAUGAUGUUAAGAUUGAGUGUUAAUUGAAUCUAUUUGAUCUAUUUACCACUAAGUUCAUGGAUUAAGAAUCUAUCUGUAGAGGGAGUAAUAUUGUUUCAACAGAAAGUUACCUGCUAUCUUCAAACUCUAAAAUUGAUGGUACAUCAUUUUUUUGUAAGAAACUCAAAUGUAAAAUAAAGUGGUACAAAAGAA